AUGACGGAAACUAAGAAACCUAAACAAACCAGAGUGAGAAAGCAUGUUAGUAAGGCAUGUCUCGAAUGCCGCAAAAGACAUUUUAAGUGCGAUGGUGCAACCCCCACUUGUGAUAGAUGCUUAAAAGGCAACAAAAUAUGUACUUAUGUGGCAAGUCAUAGAGGUGGAUCAAGAAAGAAAGGUGUUUCAAAUAAGAAUAAGCUUGUUACUGUCAAUGAUGUAAAUCAAGGUCCCAAAAUGCCAAUGUUCCUUGCCGAGAUUGAGGAUUUCCCUAUGCGAAAUGCCUCUACUACCUCAAUAGAAGAUGCUCCAACUAUGAGGGAGAGAGUGGAUAAUAUCAAGAAUAACAAUGAUAUGGUUAAGGAAAUUUUCAAACUACCUUGUGCCAUGGAUCAUUCGCGCUGUGAUGGACUGAAUUGUCCCGGUAAGACUGCUGUUAACUAUUUUGAACAUAGAAAAGAUGGUCCCUUGAAUGAAAAUGAAUCCCAAAUGGUUGAAGGCUUAAGAAAAAGAGUUAAGUUAGACUAUUCAAUAGGUAAUCUUGAUUGCUUAUUUGCUGGUAGAGAUGCUAUCAAGGAUGUUAGAUCAUUUCAACAAUUAGAGAUAAAUUUACGAGUACUGAAUUUUGAUCACUUUAUGGAUCCUUCAUCAUAUGACAAGGACGAAAUCUUGAAGAAUUAUUUUGACAAAUUCCAUAGAGCCCACCCCUUAAUGCCCCCAAGAGAGGAAUUAUUGGUCUAUUUGGCAAACCCUUCAAUUGAAAAGGAAGUCUUGACUAUUCUUAAGAUUGUUGGUGAUGGUCAAAUAACGAACAUGUAUGCUAAAGGCAAGGACUUAAUUUCAGAUAGGCUAAUUCAAUGUGUCAAUAUUGUUAGACAGAACCCUUCGGUAGAUUUGGUAUCAAUACAGGUACUCUUCCUUGUGGCACUAAUAGCACAUAUAUCCUCAUUCCAUGCAUUUAGUAAGAAGCUAAGACAUUUCUGCAUUCAUUUAAUUCUGGAGUUACAGAUUAACUUAAUUGAUAAUGAGGAAAAGGAGGUUGUAAAUGUUGAUGCCUUGACUCCAUCAUCUAAUGAUGGCAGCUCUGGAGCUACUCUUGCUGUGUUUGACUCUCCAAGAUUGUCUCAUAUACCUCGAUCUAGUAUUGCCGAUUCCGCAAGAAGGCUAUUCUGGGAGUUAUAUUUUUUCGAUGUCAUAAUAGGUUCUGCUGAUGGUAAAACGGUUUCUAAGUUAGAUUCGCUUGAUCGUCAUCUUUCAUAUCCAAUAUAUCCACCACGGGAGCAGUUCGACUAUAAAGGGAGAGCAGAAGCUGCUAAAUUGGUUUCCGAUGCGGUGAAGAUGAAUAUUGAAAUCAUUAAUAAGAGACCCUUUGAAUCCAUACUGAAUAGACUAAAGGCAUCGUUGUCAAGCUGGGAAAUGAAGUUGGAAGAUCCUAAACUUUUCGGAGCGCCACCGUUGAUUCACAAGAAUGGAAAGGUUAACGAAGGUGUACAUCAAUCAAUCUUGCUUUACAAUUACGCUAAGAUUUUCGUCCAUAGACCGUUCUCAUACCUUUGGAAAAUCAAUGCACCACAACACCCUCAAUGUAGUGAAGAAGUACUUGAAGCCAAAGAAAUGCCUACCCAGAUGAAAGCCGAUUCCAGAACGAAUAUUGAGACUAAGAAAACUAUAGAAGCGGCAAAUUCAAUAGUGGAAGUUUUGAUAGACACGAAUUCCUCCAAGAUACUAGAUAGAACUCCUCUUUUCGCCUGUGGAUUAGCAUUAGCUUCAUUGGUUCAUUUGAGUGCAUACAUUUGGGUUGAAACCACCAUUCAAAACGACAGAAGUCAGAACUUUGGUUUAAGCAAAGAUGAUUUAGAUAUUUACACCGAAUAUAUCAAACUUUCAUUGACGGCGAUUUAUCCUAUCUCCAACCAUUGGGAAUUAUCAGGAAAAUUAGCUAAACAUAUCCGAGAAUCAUUAACUGCUUUGAGACCAAAUUUAUAUUCCAAGUUAAAGGAUUUCCUACCUCGUAUUGAAAUAGGGUUGGAAAAUAUGAGUCUCUCAGAAAACCCUUCCGACAAUACUGCGAUAAAUCUGGUUGACCAUGAUCUUUCCAGCAAUACUUCACCAUCUGUCCACUAUGACCUUUCUUAUGUUACUCAGAAUAAUUCCCAACAGCAGAAUAAACCAUCCUAUCUUAAUGAAACCAAUUUGAAUGCAUUGAAUGAAAGUCGUGGUAAUACCUUUAACUUACGUUUUGAUAGCACGACUCCAAAUAAUCAAUUAGUUAGUAAUAAUGACCAGCUUGACUUUGGUGGAAUGUCUGGCCAACUUUCUCCUGUUUCUGACACUGGAUGUGAUUGGAUAGAUAAAGCAUUAUUGGACUUUUUCGAAGAAGCCGUUCCUGGAUUAUGA